GGGGCUUCGGGUUGCUCCGAGUCCUCUUCCAGACCGCACACGAGAGGUGACCACGGACACAAGCGUCGUGCCUAGCGCCUCGCCUCCCUCAAACCCUAGCCACACCUCUCUUCUUACCUUGCGGUUUCUGAUGGCGGCGGCGCACGCGGCCCCCUGCAUCUGUUAGCGGAGACGCAUGCAGCCCCUCUUGACUGGUGCGCCGCCCCGACCUCCCCAUCCAUGGUGUUGGCGUUGAGCACUCCGACGGUGCCGAGGACCAAGAUGGCGUUGUACGAGCGAGUGCCUCGACGCCUCCAUCGUAAAAUGCCGCCACAUCGUUGACGCCGUCCGCUGAUCCACUCGCGCGGCCUCAUGGCAAGCACAACGACCCACCUCCAUCGUCCCGUCACAGGCCAGGUGAACCUCUGAGUGUAGAACGCACUAGAUCUAUUGUUCCAGCCUUUCAAGUUCUUUGAUCUACCUUGCUCUUUCUAUACAUGUAUUAGAUAAGAAAGACAACAAGGAUUCAUUGGCAGUCUGCCUUGAAGUAAAAAAAAAGGCCUAUAGAAGGUGCUGCAGGUUAUGUGAUUAGUGUCGGUGGUGCCUUUUCAACAAAAAAAACUUAGAUAAGGUGUACAAGAGGAAAACUCUUUGGUUGGAUCAUAUAUCUGCAAAGAUUGUCUUGGUAUUCAAUGCAAAUUUCUAGGUUGUUGGCUGUGAAGGUACCUACAGGCAAGUAAUGUUUUUCUAUCUGAAUUUAUUAAAGAUUGAUGAAUCUAUAACCAUUUUAUAGACUCUGACGGCUGCUGAAAAUUGCUUCUUGUCACAAUAAGGGGUCUAAUGUACAUAUGUGACCUCUAUUACAGGACUUACAUUUCACAAAACUCAUUAGUUUCUUUUUUUUGGUUGCAUCUCCAGAUGAGUCAUCGGCCAAUCAUGCUUGCUGGUAACUAUUUGUACAUGCAGUCUUUAGUUUUCACUUACAACUUGAGAUGGCUACUCUGAACUUUGCUGCAUCUUAUUGUUUGCUAAACUUUGCCGCAUUAUAGACUGUUUGCUUAUAGCAUUGUUUAUGUGGGUUUCAGUUGUGUCCGUUGAACUGACCGAUAAAAUAUGUCCGAUGAAAAUCAGUUGGUCCCAAAUACCAACUCGUCCUCUUUCUACAUAACCAUGAGGGUCCAUGACCUGUAAAUAGAUGCACUUCAGUUCUCAUGUUCUUAGUAUACAUGAUCUCCGAUUUGUAAAUUAACAUAGCAAUUGUACAGGGGAUGAUGAAGCACAAACUUCUUAGGUAAGACAUGGUUAAAUCCAUGGCUCAAUGAGUUUAUGGACCUCCUAUCAGAUUAUGAAGUUGCUAAGAGCAAAGUUGAGCCAAUACAUGCCACAUCGUGCGACCUUAUGGACGCGCAGGCCACCGCCGUUGUUGAGACAGGCUGCAAGGGACCACCACUUGGCAAGGGACCGUGUCUGACACUACGAGGACUACUGGAUAAUGUGGUGCGUGCCCUAGGAGGCAGCCAUGGGAGGGCUCGGGAUGCGGAGGCAUGGGCUUGGGAUGUGGGGGCGCCAGCGACACGGGUUCGAGAUGCGGCAACCGAAUCCAUUCUAUCCCAGCUCACCGUCGCUCACUCCGUACUCAUAUAUAGGAUGUCAACAACAGAAACAAAUACUACAGCUGCUGCACCUGCACGUGAGAAUGAAGGAGUAAAUCUCUUGAAAAGGAAUUCAGAUGAUGUGGGAUGGGAAUACGGGGUUCUUGUUGAUCCUAAGAACAAGGACAAGGUGAAGUGCAAAUUCUGUAACAAGGUGAUGCAAGGGGGAAUUUAUCGUUUGAAGCAGCAUGUGGCCCAUGAUGGAAAGAAUGCGACGAAAUGCCCAAAGAGCACAGAUAAAGCUAAAGACAAGUGCCAGAAAUCAAUAGAUGGUGCAAAAAGGAAGAGGGCAGAGAUGGUGGUUCGUGAGCUAGAACUUAGAGAGGAAGUGAAUGUAUCUCGAGUUGGAGAAGAGUCAGAGGAAGUCACCUGUGUUGGAAGUUCAGAGCCUCACAAAUUGGGGCCCAUGGACAAAUGGACAAAGGCUAUUGAUCCUAAAGCAACCAGAAGUGAAUCUUUGCAGCAACAGAGGCUGAACAAGGAGUUGUGGAAAGAAAGAACACAUGAGGUGCACAAAUAUAUUGCAAGAUGGGUCUAUACUCAUGGAAUUUCAUUCAAUGCAUGUGACAAUGAUGAGUUCAAGCAGAUGUGUGAAGCCAUUGGCCAGUUUGGACCUGGACUUGAACCUCCAUGUCAGGAUUCUCUGCGAGAGAAAUUGCUAGAAGAAGAAUAUGCAAGAACCAAGAGGUUGCUGCAAGAAUGUGAAGCCGAGAAGAUGAAGAAUGGGUGCUCUAUUAUGACUGAUGCAUGGACAGACAGGAAGAGGAGAAGCAUAAUGAACCUGUGCACCAAUUGUGCUGAUGGAACAAGCUUUAUCAGCUCAAUGGAGAUGUCAGAUGUGUCACACACAAGUGAAGUCAUCUUUGAACUAGUGGACAAAGCAAUUGAAGACAUUGGUCCAGAAAAUGUUGUGCAAGUAGUGACAGAUAAUGCCUCUAACAACAUGGGAGUAAAGAAGCUAUUGCUUGAGAAGAGACCACAAAUAUUUUGGACCUCUUGUGCAACCCACACAAUAAACCUGAUGCUGUAAGGAAUUGGCAAUUUGGCUCGGUUCAAGAAGGUGAUUGAGCAAGCAAAGGCAUUCACUAUAUUUGUCUAUGGGCACACAAGAACAUUAGAAUGCAUGAGAUAUUUCACAGAGGGGAAAGAGAUAGUAAGGCCAGGAGUGACUAGGUUUGCUUCAACUUUUCUCACAUUGAAUAGCAUACUAGAGAAGAAGGACCAGCUAAGAAAGAUGGUGGUUCAUAAUAGGUGGGACUCACUGAGGGAUGUAAAAUCAAAGAAAGGAAAAGAUGCCACGGCUAUUGUAUUGAAUCCAACCUUCUGGAAGGAUGUGAAGCUAACCGUGAGUGUUUUUGAGCCACUGUUCAAAGUUCUCCGCUUGGUUGAUGGGGAUGUGAAACCAUCCAUGGGUUUCGUUUAUGGAGAAAUACUAAAGGCAAAGAAAGAGAUCAAGGAGUCCUUGGGCAAUAAUGAGUCUCGGUUCAAGGAGGUCAUUGCUAUUGUUGACAAGAAGAUGAAGGGAAGACUUGAUUCUCCACUGCAUUUGACAGCUUAUUUGCUGAAUCCACACUACAGUUAUGCUAAUCCAGCAAUCUUUGAUGAGCCCAGAAGGAUUUAUUAGUUGUGUGGAGACCUUCUACUAUCAUGAUGAAGAUAAGCAAGAUCAGGCUGCCCAUGUUGACCUGAGAAAGUUUCAAAACAGGGAAGGACCAUUUAGCAAGAAGCUGGCAAGGACUUUCCAAAAUUUUGAUUACAACCUAGGUAGAGCAUCAUGGUGGCGGCUGUAUGGAACUGAAGUACCAGCCUUACAGAAGAUGGCAACAAGGAUCCUUUCUUUGACAUCAAGUAGCUCUAGUUGUGAAAGAAAUUAGAGCGGGUUUGAAGCGAUACACACUAAGAAGAGAAAUAGGCUUACUACAACACGUCUCAACAAGUUAGUCUACAUUCAGUUCAACUCCAAGCUGCUUAAUAAGAGAGAGAAAAUCAAGUCAAAGAAGAUCAUUGAUGUUCUCUUGUCUAAUGAUACAACUGAAGCUCAAGGAUUUUUGCAUGAGAAUGGAGAUGAUUCUGCAUUAGUGGUCUAUAGAGAUGAGGAGGAGGAAGAAGAGAUGGAAGGUACUGGGAUACCUUGGUCUGUUCUUGGAGAUGCAGUGGGAGCAGAAGAACAACUUCAGCUGCGUAGGAGUGCUAGAGUGAGAGAGCUCUAUGAAGGAGAAGAGUUUGAAUCUGAUAAAGAAGAGUUUGAUGAAGAUGAGGAUGACUACUUGGAACCCUAUUGAAGAAGGAAGAUGAUAUGGUCCUGGGGCCUUUUCGCAUGUCAUGGUUUAUCUUUUGUGAUGCAUUCAUGCAUAUAUGUGCAAUGUGCCAAUGUGUGUCUUAAACUUGUGAACUGUUGCUACUGUGUGCCUGUGUGACUGUUUUUCUUCUUUUCUGAGAACUAUGUGUUGUCUGAACAAGACCUUUUAUGAAUUGUGUUGUGCACUUGUACUGCUGUCCUGUCCACU